GGGCGGGAGGAGGGGCCGCGCCGAGUCGCAGUCCCUGCCCCGCCGCCGCGCUGCGCACCGCCGGGUGCCGGCCUGCGCCCCGAACCCGAGUGGCGGCCACCUCUACCUCCCAAGCCCGCGCGGAUGUGAGAUCCUGGGCACCGGGCGCCUCGCGAUCGCCGGCUGCGGCGCGGCUCUGCUUGGCCCGGGAGGUGGCGGCCGGGCUGGCUGUGCGGCUUGUGGAUUUUUAAAAAAUUUGGCUCCGGGGAGGACCAUUUCCUCUCGACAUGCAUCCCUCCGGAUAGACUGCACAUCUCUCAGUCCACCCUCCGCCCCGCGCCGUCCGAGGCAGGCGCUGGGUGGGCGAAGAGGAUCCGGGUUGAAAUCUGUGCCCCCGGUUCUCGUCCCCGCCCCGUCCCGCCGCCCCCUCCCCCUCCGGGAGUCGAAAUUGCCCGGGGAUUAUGUUUCGGAAAGGUAGGUGAGCGCCGGGCGCGGCGCCUGCUUCUCCGCACACGGACCCGAAGAACCAGCGAGGCGGCGAGGCAGCCCCCGCGGCUUGCAGCGGAGGCGACAGCUCGUCUCCUCCCGUGAAGGUGUCGCCGGUGGUGGGGGGGGAGAGACUUGCUCCAAAAACGGACGUCUCCAGCUCUCCCCCCUCCCUGUUUUCCGUUAGGAAUCCGGCGAGGAAAUACAUGCACUCGCUGAGAAUCGCCGGCGCCAGGACGCAGCGCCACAAGGUGUAGCGAGUGAGUGGGGUGGGGCAAGAGGGGACCCAGGAGUCCCCCCAGGCUCCCAGCGCGCCUGCUCCUGCUCUUCAAUCCUGCCCUCGGGGCGGACGGAGUGACCCCCGCCCCGACCAUGGUAGUGUUCAAUGGCCUUCUUAAGAUCAAAAUCUGCGAGGCCGUGAGCUUGAAGCCCACAGCCUGGUCGCUGCGCCAUGCGGUGGGACCCCGGCCCCAGACGUUCCUUCUGGACCCCUACAUUGCCCUUAACGUGGACGACUCGCGCAUCGGCCAAACAGCCACCAAGCAGAAGACCAACAGUCCGGCCUGGCACGAUGAGUUCGUCACUGAUGUGUGCAAUGGGCGCAAGAUCGAGCUGGCUGUCUUUCACGAUGCUCCUAUCGGCUACGACGACUUCGUGGCCAACUGCACCAUCCAGUUCGAGGAGCUGCUGCAGAAUGGGAGCCGUCACUUCGAGGACUGGAUUGAUCUGGAGCCAGAAGGAAAAGUCUACGUGAUCAUCGAUCUCUCGGGAUCAUCGGGCGAAGCCCCUAAAGACAAUGAAGAACGAGUGUUUAGGGAGCGGAUGCGGCCAAGGAAGCGCCAAGGGGCUGUCAGGCGCAGGGUCCACCAGGUCAAUGGCCACAAGUUCAUGGCCACCUACUUGCGGCAGCCCACCUACUGCUCCCACUGUAGGGAUUUCAUCUGGGGUGUCAUAGGAAAACAGGGAUAUCAAUGUCAAGUUUGUACCUGCGUCGUCCACAAACGAUGCCAUGAGCUCAUUAUUACGAAGUGCGCUGGGCUAAAGAAACAGGAAACCCCUGACGAGGUGGGCUCCCAACGCUUCAGCGUCAACAUGCCCCACAAGUUCGGGAUCCACAACUACAAGGUCCCCACGUUCUGUGACCACUGUGGCUCCCUGCUCUGGGGCCUCUUGCGGCAGGGCCUGCAGUGUAAAGUCUGCAAAAUGAAUGUUCACCGUCGAUGCGAGACCAACGUGGCUCCCAAUUGUGGGGUGGACGCCAGAGGAAUUGCCAAGGUGCUGGCCGAUCUUGGCGUUACUCCAGACAAAAUCACCAACAGUGGCCAGAGAAGGAAAAAGCUCGCUGCUGGUGCUGAGUCCCCACAGCCGGCUUCUGGAAACUCCCCAUCAGAAGACGACCGAUCCAAGUCAGCGCCCACCUCCCCUUGUGACCAGGAACUAAAAGAACUUGAAAACAACAUCCGGAAGGCCUUGUCAUUUGACAACCGAGGAGAGGAGCACCGAGCCUCGUCGUCUACUGAUGGCCAGCUGGCAAGCCCUGGCGAGAACGGUGAAGUCCGGCAAGGCCAGGCCAAGCGCUUGGGCCUGGAUGAGUUCAACUUCAUCAAGGUGUUAGGCAAAGGCAGCUUUGGCAAGGUCAUGCUGGCCGAGCUCAAGGGUAAGGAUGAAGUCUAUGCUGUGAAGGUCUUAAAGAAGGACGUCAUCCUGCAGGAUGACGACGUGGACUGCACGAUGACAGAGAAGAGGAUUUUGGCUCUGGCGCGGAAACACCCUUAUCUAACCCAACUCUAUUGCUGCUUCCAGACCAAGGACCGCCUCUUCUUCGUCAUGGAAUAUGUAAACGGUGGAGACCUCAUGUUCCAGAUUCAGCGGUCCCGAAAAUUCGAUGAGCCUCGUUCCCGGUUCUAUGCUGCCGAGGUCACAUCUGCUCUCAUGUUUCUCCACCAACAUGGAGUGAUCUACAGGGAUUUGAAACUGGACAACAUCCUUCUAGAUGCAGAAGGUCACUGCAAGCUGGCUGACUUUGGGAUGUGCAAGGAAGGGAUUCUGAAUGGCGUGACAACUACCACCUUCUGUGGGACUCCUGACUACAUAGCUCCAGAGAUCCUGCAGGAGUUGGAGUACGGCCCCUCAGUGGACUGGUGGGCCCUGGGCGUGCUGAUGUACGAGAUGAUGGCCGGGCAGCCCCCCUUUGAAGCUGACAACGAGGACGACUUGUUUGAAUCCAUCCUUCACGAUGACGUUCUCUACCCUGUCUGGCUUAGCAAGGAGGCUGUCAGCAUCCUGAAAGCUUUCAUGACCAAGAACCCGCACAAGCGCCUGGGCUGCGUGGCAGCACAGAACGGGGAAGAUGCCAUCAAGCAACAUCCAUUCUUCAAGGAGAUUGACUGGGUACUGCUGGAGCAGAAGAAAAUCAAGCCCCCCUUCAAGCCGAGAAUUUUUGCUUCAGUGUGAAUGUCCCUCUGUAAGAAAACCAAGAGAGAUGUCAAUAACUUUGACCAAGACUUUACCCGGGAAGAGCCAAUACUUACACUUGUGGAUGAAGCAAUCGUGAAGCAGAUCAACCAGGAAGAAUUCAAAGGCUUCUCCUACUU